AUGAGGGAAAAAGUUCCAAGGAACUUCAAUGGCCCUGACAUAGAUUUCUACGACGGGACUACCGACCCAAAGCAUCACUUGAGCAACUUCAAAAGUGGGAUGUAUCUAGCCGACGCCUCUAACGCUACCCGCUGCAAGGCCUUUUCAACGACUUUGACAAAGGCAGCGAUGAAGUGGUUCGACACCCUCCCCCCAAGGUCGGUCACUAGCAUCGACGACCUCUCGCGCAAAUUCCUUAUACGAUUCUCAAUCCAGAAGGACAAAGUCAAGCACGCGCCCAGUCUCUUGGAGGUAAAACAAGAGGUCGGUGAACCCCUAAGAGACUACAUGAAAAGGUUCAACAAGGCAUGCUUGGAAAUCCAAGAUAUGCCUACAGAAACAGUAAUCAUGGGCCUAGUAAAUGGACUCCGAGAAGGUCUAUUCUCUCAGUCCAUCUCGAAAAGGCAUUCGACUUCUUUGAAUGAUGUGCAAGAAAGAGCUGAAAAAUACAUCAACAUGGAGAAAAACGCCAGGCUACGAGAACCAAACUGGCGACCUGGGCACUCUCACCCAUCAAAGGAGAAGGAGAGAGAGCCCAAGAAAAAAGAAGAAGUCGGGGCUAAGAGACCCAGGAGAUAUCACUCUUAUACUCCUCUACGAGUUUCCAUAGUCGACAUCUAUAGAAAAAUUUGUCACACUGAAAAGCUACCUCAUCCUCGGCCCAUCAAGAACAAAAGGGGGGAAAGUCGUAACGAAUACUGUGAAUAUCACAAGUUAUAUGGGCACUCACAAAUGAUUGUUACGACUUGA